CCAAAAAAAAUCCGAAUUCUCCAAUUUCUUGCUUUUCCCAAGAAAGACCCUCGACAAAUCCCAAAUUCGUGAAAACCACAGCCCCGUUUCGCACGAUCAAAACUAAGUCAACCCUUGAUCAAACCAUUCUCUAAUCCAUCCCCCUCUCUCUCUCUCUCGUCCUCAAAAUCAAAUUCGUCCCACGAUAGGGAGAAGGAAAAAUCCGUAGGGGCACGAGGAUUUCCCGAUUUCAGCGGCAAUGUCGUCGGAGAUCGAGGUCGUCGACGAGGUCCAAUCCGCCGACCGGGGCUCCUCCUCCGGCGCCGGGGCCCCGAGCGGAGCUGCUGCCGCUGCCGCCGCCGACGAUAGCCUAAGGGACGACGUCUACACCGCGGCCGCGUACGGGGACAUGGAGAAGCUGCGGAGGUUGGUGGAGAGUGAGGGUUGCUCGGUGUCCGAGCCCGACGGUUUGGGCUAUUACGCGUUGCAGUGGGCUGCUAUCAAUAACUGGACUGCUGCCGCUCAGUACAUCAUUGAGCACGGAGGAGACAUACAUGCUGCCGAUCAUACUGGGCAGACGGCAUUGCACUGGAGUGCAGUUCGAGGUGCAAUCCAGGUUGCCGAGCUUCUACUUCGAGAGGGUGCCCGAGUAAACGCUGCUGAUUUGUGUGGGUACCAGACAACACAUAUUGCCGCUCAGUAUGGUCAGACUUCUUUCCUUUAUCACAUUGUUUCAAAGUGGAAUGCCGAUCCAGAUGUUCCAGAUAAUGAUGGAAGAAGCCCCUUACACUGGGCUGCUUACAAAGGUUUUGCUGACUGCAUACGUCUACUUUUAUUUUUGGAUGCUUAUCGCGGGCGGCAAGAUAAAGAAGGCUGCACUCCUCUGCACUGGGCCGCUAUUAGGGGUAAUUUAGAGGCAUGCACAGUCUUGGUGCAGGCUGGUAAGAAGGAGGACUUAAUGGUGACCGACAAUACUGGCCUUACGCCUGCACAGCUUGCAUCUGAAAAAAAUCACAGACAAGUUGCCUUUUUCCUUGGUAAUGCUAGAAGGUUGCUUGAUAAGCGUUGUGAUGGGAAUAGCCGCUUAGGAAAGCUCUCCAAGUUAGGACUGGCCCCUGUUUUGUGUUUUGUAAUCAUUCUGCUGCUGCUUAUCUAUAUAAAUUCGGUCAUCAUGGCACGAAAUCUGCCAAAGUUAACAGCUGGUUUUGGCCUUCUCGCAUGGUCAGGUGUUUUUCUAGCUAGUGCGGGGCUAGCACUGUUUUACCGGUGUAGCAGAAGGGAUCCAGGUUACAUCAGGAUGAAUGUGCAUGAUCCACAAAAUAUGAAAGAUGACGAACCCCUUUUGAAGAUUGAGAUAAAUAAUCCUGCUUUGCUAGCUGGGAACUGGUCGCAACUCUGUGCAACAUGCAAGAUUGUCAGGCCUCUUCGUGCAAAACAUUGUUCUACUUGUGAUCGCUGUGUCGAACAGUUUGACCAUCAUUGUCCAUGGGUAUCCAACUGUGUUGGCAAGAAAAACAAAUGGGACUUCUUUGUGUUUCUUGUUCUGGAGGUCGCAGCUAUGCUGAUUACGGGUGCAGUUACUCUCAUAAGAGUUUCGACAGAUCCGUCGGCUCCAUCUUCCUUUGGGGCCUGGUUGAGUCAUGCUGGAACCCAACAUAUUGGCGCUUUAUCAUUCUUCAUAGUAGAUUUUUUUAUCUUCUUUGGCGUUGCAUCGCUGACUGCUGUUCAAGCGUCUCAGAUAUCGCGCAACAUCACGACAAAUGAGAUGGCAAAUGCAAUGCGUUAUAGCUAUCUCAAGGGUCCAGGUGGCAGGUUCAGAAAUCCUUAUGAUCAUGGUUUCAAGAAGAAUUGUUCUGAUUUCUUGAUCAAUGGUUAUAAUGAAGAUGUGGAAUAUGUUGAGGACUCAGCUCAUUCUGAGGGCAUUGGCAUGACGCACAUGGUAAGGGCCUUGAAUUUGCAGAAUGGCAACAUGCAUUCUCAUCAACCUGCUGAAAAUGGCCAUAUCGCUAUAAAUGUCGGUGGUACUAGUUCUAACAGUCAUCACGGACAUGUUCACUCAUCACACUGCAGUCACAACCAUGGUAAGACCAAAAGUGAUAAUGUGCCAUUGGGCUUGGGUCUUGGUCUUGGACGGAGUGGUGCACGGUCGGUUGUGGCCUCAUGAUGUUACUCUAGUUUUCAUGGCAGAAAAUGCCAUAUAUUGUAUUGUACAUCUAACUAGAUUCUGUAAUUGAAUUGAUUUUGCGGGAAAAAAGUAGCUUUCUCUUAGUUCUUUUCAAGGUGGUAUAUAAUGGUAGUGACGGCAUCCUGGUUAUCCAGUC